CCUCCUCCGCCUUGUUGCAGAAGAAAAGCAGAAGAAAAGUUCUCCAUGGGCUCCUACUCCGAAGAAAUCAUCUUCCGGUCCAGACUCCCCGACAUCCCCAUCCCAAACCACCUCCCGCUCCACACCUACCUCUUCGAAAACCUCUCCACCAUCGACCCCUCCGACCACCCCUGCCUCAUCGACCCCUCCACCUCCUCCAUCCUCACCUACUCCGACGUCUUCCUUUCCACCCGCCGCCUCUCCUCCUCCCUCCACCGCCUCGGCAUCCGCCCCACCCAAGUCGUCAUGCUCCUCCUCCCCAACUCCCCCGAAUUCGUCCUCUCCUUCCUCGCCAUCUCCUCCCUCGGCGCCAUCUCCACCCCUGCUAACCCCUUCUUCACCCCCUCCGAAAUCCUCAAACAAGUCUCCUCCUCCUCCCCAAGCCUCAUCAUCGCCGACUCCCCCACCGCCCUCAAACUCCUCUCCAUCAACUCCCUCUCCACCCCCAUCAUCUCCAUCGGCCAUAACCCCCCCGAAGGCUCCAUCCCUUUCAACGACUUACUUACCGAACCAGCUGACAACAAUCAUGUUGAAGACACGUAUGAUUACAAAUUUUGCCCGGAUGACGUCGUCACCCUGCCGUACUCUUCAGGCACCACCGGUAUGCCGAAGGGCGUUAUGCUAACGCAUAAAGGAACGGUCACCAGCAUAGCGCAACAAGUGGAUGGCGGUGAGCAGAACGUCCAUCUAUAUUACAAUAGUGAGGACGUGAUGCUGUGCUUGCUGCCGAUGUAUCACAUAUAUUCGCUGGUGACGGUGCUGUGCUGCGCGCUGAGGGCAAAGGCGAGUGUGGUGAUAAUGAGGAAGUUUGAUAUGAGGGGAAUGAUGGAGGUUAUAGAGAAGUAUAAGGUGACGGUGGCGCCGCUGGUGCCGCCGAUAGCGGUGGAGAUGGCGAAGACCGGGGUGGCGGGUGAAGUCUAUGAUUUGUCGUCAGUGAGGAUGGUUAUAUCAGGGGCGGCGCCGAUGGGGAAGGAACUUGAGGACGCCAUUCGUGCAAGAAUGCCCAAUGCCAUGAUCGGUCAGGGCUAUGGGAUGACAGAAGCUGGUCCAGUGAUCUCAUUCUGCAUGUCGUUUGCGAAGGAGAAGAUGGAUUCCAAGCCAGGAUCAUGCGGCAUGGUGGUCAGGAACGCUGAACUAAAGAUUGUGGAUCCAUGCACUGGAGCUUCUCUCCGACGAAACCAACGUGGAGAGAUUUGUAUUAGAGGAAAAAACGUCAUGAAAGGCUAUCUGAAUGAUAAGGUCUCAACGGAGAGCACCAUAGAUAAGGAAGGAUGGCUUCACACAGGAGAUAUUGGAUAUGUUGAUGAUGAUGAUGAGAUCUUCAUUGUUGAUAGGCUUAAGGAGAUCAUUAAGUACAAAGGCUUUCAGGUCGCUCCUGCUGAGAUUGAAGCCUUACUUCUCACCCAUGAACAUGUCGUCGAUACUGCCGUUGUCCCACUGAAAGAUGAGGGUGCUGGUGAGGUGCCUGUUGCCUUUGUUGUGAGAGCAAAAGGAUCUGACAUAACUGAGGAUGAGGUCAAGCGCUUCGUAGCUAAACAGGUGGUGUUUUACAAGAGGAUUAGUAAGGUGUUCUUUGUCAAAGCAAUUCCCAAAUCACCAUCGGGGAAGAUACUGAGGAAGACAUUGAGGCUCAAUUUGGAAGCUGGAUUGCCGUGCAGUGCCUAAAUUAUCCAUUGAUGGCAUCUUCAAGAAUCUUUCGAUAAUGUCUCUUUUUUCUUUCAUUCAGAAAUGUGAAGGAGUAUACAGUUUACGCUUUGGAUACUUUCUUUUACCGAUUUGCUUCUUUAAUCUGUAUAUUUGAGAGGAUGCAAAGGAAGGGGCACUU